GCCUCAACAAGCUCUGCUAGCUAGUACAAUGUACAUUGAGUGAUGAAAUAUAUCUACAUACUCGCAUAUAGAUAUAUUGCAUCAAGAUGAUCUGUGCUGCAGAUGCUGUCAUGCAACGGGGACGGGCGGCAUCCUUGACUCAGACCGUUUUCGGAAGUGUGCAAGAUGAACUAGAGUGAGCAAAAAGGUUUGUCUCUACGUUCAAAAAAUCCAAAAUGCAGGACAAUUCUACUACCCAGCAAUCCACCGCCUCCUCCAGCCGCCGUCCCAGCAACCUCCGGGUGGAAACGGGGCCAACAGCUUCCGGCAGCGACUCCCGCAACCGCAAUGACCCCAUCGAACUCGCCCUCGAUGACGAGGACGACGGGCAGCACUCCGGUUCCGUCUCCGUCUACUCCGCCCCUGCGACGGUGGGCGGCGAUGAGUCUCCCUCCUCGCAAAGUCAAAGUGCGGGCAGCGGGGUUCUGGGCACGUUCUUUUCUUCCACCGUGGGGAUGUUGUUCGGCGUGCGGCCCGAGGGUCAGCAGGGGAUGGAUGUGAACGUGAUACAGCAGGGAGAAGAUGGGACAGGUUCUGCGGCACUAGGGACGCAGACGAGAACUGGCGCUCCUGCGCCGGCGGGGGCGACGACAAAAUUGGCCUGUAAUUGAUGAUCUUUAAUCCUGCAUUCAAUUUCAAGUGUAGUGCUAUUGGUGUUAAUAUACACAGCUGCGAUCACCUGUUGUUGCUGUGCACAGUUUCAGUUCGAGAGCGUGGAAACGUACAGCCAUUAUAGUGAGCAAGUACGUUCUUGAUUUCAAAUUCGGAGCGAGCAAAGGGUUGAUUUUAAAUUCGGUUUCAAACAAACUCACCCUCAGCUCCCCAAAGCAGUCACUCGGGCAGCUCGUCCUCUUUCCACGAUGCAGACGAAGGUACGGAACCUCUUCGAACCGCGUCCGUCCCCUCGUCCCCGAGCAAAUCCUCCGGGAGUACGCCGAAUCAUGGAAAAUCCGGCUUACUAGACUCCAACGUCGCCAUGCCAUUAACCGCACCGGCCGCCGCCGGACAAACGAUGGCAAACUUGGAUUUGUCGCUGACAGUCCCAGGGACGAGUAGCUCCACGAGCUUCAACGGGGCAGGAACUGCGAAGGGAGGAAGUGGGAGUUCAUCCGGAGCAGUUUCUAGCGUGAAAGUAGUCUCGCCUUCUUCAGGUGUGCGAUCACCCACCUCACGCACAGGAGCUGCACAGCAACUACAACAGCAUGCGAUAAACAAGCCCACACCCUCCUCUUCCUCCCGCUCUCCGAAGCCUGCAAGCCGCCUUUCGCCGCCGGCAAGAGGUCCUUCGAGCAGCUCUACCGUCCGGCCGCGGGAACAGCAACUGCGAAUCUCCACCAGCUUUGCAACAAGCGACAACCUAGAUUCCGGUCCGCAGACGGUGUCCAGUAUGCAUACCCAGGGCGAAAAUUACGAUCCGAAAUCGGUUUUGAACCAAACCGCCCCGGCCAGGAGUUUGAUGGCGCAGCAGAUGUUGGUGGCUGGCGGAACUGCAGCAACGUCAAGCCAAGCGUACCAGAACCAAAGGUCACCUGGUAAUAAAACAACUUCUCCCAAUGAGAAAAAAAACUGGUCAAACGCGAUGAUCGCAAUGGAGCUGUUGGAGGAGAUUUACCCGAAAAACUGGCUGCAAAACAAAGCGUUCACGGAAUUCACCAACGAGAUGAACAACAUUGACUUAACCGACCUGUACGACAAAACGCCGAACGCGCGGAAUGACACCUUCGCGGAGUUCCGAGAAGCUGUGAUCAAAACGAUGAUACAAAACCGAUUUGGAAGUCCGGCGGGAGGAGCGAACAAGAAACUGUCGCAGUCACAGUCGCUGGUAUAUGAAGAUUGUUUUGUCUGGUAAAGGUAACAGAUGCAGAAGCAUAAUGUAUGAAAUGCGCAUGGCAAACCCGAUUUUUCAAAGAACGCACGCAUGACAAAAACCUACAGUCCAUGACCCGCGGUCAAUCCCAAGACGAUUCGUUUGAAGAGACGGUGAAGACGAUUCGGGAGCCCUUCGACGAAACGGGAGACUGGCAGUGGCCGGUUUAUCAGGUAAAGCUUGUUGAUAUCAUGCGUAGAGCCAUUCACUUCCACUAACCGUUCCUAUUCCAAUGCCAAUACUUUGCAUCGAAUUUCGCCGUUCCGAAAACCUAAAUUAUAAACUGAAACAACCGAUGAAACAACAACAACACUUUCAGCCCCGAUCAGCUGCAAAUCUCCCACCAGCAAACUCGCAAUUUGGCUCCCUGGGUUUCAGCGCGAUGAGCGGAAACGCCAAUCAGCAGCAGUUCUCGCAGCAACUACCGACGAUCGGUGCCGGAGGAAGCUCCGCGGCCUCCUCGGUCAACAACUUCAACGCAGGGAGCACUUCCGGCGGCGGGCAGCAGCAAGCUACCAGUCCACAGUUUUCUGCGGCGGAGCAAGCUGUUUUUCCCCAGCAGCAACAGCAGCAAACUCAGCAAUUGAUCCCGCUCUCCGGGUUAUCUCAUUCGGUCGAUUACCAACAAGAGUUCCAGCAAGUCGCAACGCAACUUUACGGGUCUGGAUCGCUUUUCAUACCCGGGCAGCAGCAGCACGUCGGAGCGAGUCAGUACGGCGUGGCUCCUGUUGGAACUGGUACCAUGAACUUCGCUACCAUGACGGGCGGGAAUAAUCCAAGCACGGUGAACAGUGCGACUUCCCCGUCGCCCGAGCUGUUCUCAAGGGAAAUAUCCGGCGAUGUGAGUCACGGACAGCAGUAUCUUGCUGGUGCUGGAACCAUGAUGUAUGGAGUUGGUGAUCCAAAUUUUCAGCAGCAACAGAGCACAAACACCGCUGCGAAUUUGUACAACUACAACGCCGUCGGCGGUACCUUCGCAUCACAACCUGCCACAGGGUUUGAAUUGAACAGUGCGGCGAGCACUUUUGUUCCAUCGUCUACUGCAGCUGUUGGCUCAACUACCUCGACUGCAAAUACAGGUUUUUCCACCUCAUUACGAGGUGCAGGUGGACAUCAUCAAAAUCAGCACAGCUCUUCCUCCAGCUCGCAACUACCCUCCAACAUCUCCUCCCAGAAUUCCAUCCAGAAGCCGCAGCGGACAGUUCUCUGCCUCGACAAACUUAUCCCCGACACCAGACCGCAGUACGGCCCGAGCAACGAGAUUGACAUUUAUCCAGAAAUUAUCAGACGAAAAAGUGUAGUUUACGUUAACGGCUUUGAGGCAUUGCAAUCAUGCAUGACAAAUCUUCGCUAUCAUGCAUGCUGUGCAAUACAAAUCUAGGCAUCAUUUUUCGUACAUUCCUUCAUGCCAAAUUCCGUUAACGUUAACAAUUUUCUGCUUGAUAGAAAUGGAAGUCGACCCGGAGACACUCCUGGUUUUCCCGGGGAAGAAACGAAAACGGAAAAGGAAAAGACGCAGCCGGAAGAAGAACGGAGCAGAUGGAGGUGAGGGAAAUGAGGACGACGAUGCGGAGGGAGGUAGCGCGGAUGACGAUGUUGAAGCAGUUGGAGAGUUGGAUGCGAGGGGAUCGGUUUCGGCGGGUGUGAGUUCGAAAAAUCUUGUGCCGGCAUCGAGUACUUCUGCAGCAGCAGGAGCUACAAACAGGCAAAACGCAAUGGCCGGAGCACCGGGCACUGCCACUGCUGGUGCUGCAAACAAGUCAUUUCCCGCGCAGCAGAGCUCUCAGCACCAGCAACAGCAGUAUCACCAAUCUUCACGCGGCGCUCCACCGCAGGAGCUCCAGUCGCAAGAUUCGUGGAGAAGGCAGCAAUCGAACACCUCGUCGAACAGCCAGGGAACGCGACAGUACUCAUCCAGCAGUCAGUACGCAACUCAGGGUGGAUACAACAGCUACGGAGGAGGCGGUGCAUACAGCAAUCCAAAUUCUGGCUACGGUGGCGGAGGGGACAGCUACAAUUAUCCGCCUGCUGGCCCUAGAUCAGGGGGCGGGAGAAAUGUUAGCGCAGCGUCCUCUUCCAGCUACAACCAGCACUACGCGACAGGACAGGACAGUUAUCCGCGGCAGCACAGCGGAGCCACUUCUUCGUCAACGUAUUCGCAGCAAGAAGGGUAUAAUGUUGACCGGAUGAACAACCGCGGCCAGGAACAGCAGUCAUUCAGCUACGGAGCAUCAAGUGGCCAGUACGGGGGUACAUCUAGCGAUUCAAACCAGAAAGGCGGCGGCAGGAGCAGCGGGAGUAAGGGACAUCCCAGCAGACCUCCUGGUUCUGAGCAGGGCUACAAUCGUGCUGGGGGCAGCUACGGAUCGUCCACUGCGUAUCAGGAUCAGCAAGGUUCCUGGUCUUCAGGUACACCAGGCUACAACCAGCAGCGGCAAAGCGGUGCCGGCGCGUCUUCCUCGCCUCAAACGUCAGCUGUGUCCCCGCAGCCGUACGGGUCUCCUGGGUAUAACAACACAAGCAGCGGUGGCUACAACCAGUCGCAUCAAAACCAGCAAUACAGCCAGCAAAGUCAAUACGGAAGUGGUCGAGAUUCCGGAGCAGGUUCGUGGCGAGCGGGCCAGCAGGAGGAUCCAAGGCACACGCCGGAUAGAGGCGGCGGGGGCUACAACAGUGGUAAAGGCGGGUAUGCUGGAAAACAAGGUGACACAAGCUACAGUACUGGAGGACCUUCCUCGUCGUCAAAAGGUGGCAAAGGAUCUUCUGGGUCAGGCAGAACGGGAUCGUGGCAGUGAGUUGUUGUUUUGUACGUUUCAUCCACCGUUUUUUGCAAUUGCCUGCGCCUUCAGUUUCAGAGGGUUUUUUUCAAGAAAAAUAAUCCACGUAUCAUUCCAAUUUUGCGACGAAUUCGUUGACACUACAACGCGCCGAAUAUGAUUUGAGAUUUUGACCACGACCGAGAUGGUCAAUUGACAACGUGUGUAAAUGGAGAUCACAAAUAAAAAAAAUUAAAACUUCCGGAGGACAAACUCUGCGUACUGCUGUUGGAUUAAACUAGCAGCAUAUUAUGGUUCUCGUAGCAGAUCGAGACCGAGACCUAGUGUCCGUUUCAGUAUGCUCUGUGUCCGCAU